GACAAACUAUAUAAAUACGAAAUGUGAAAAAAUAAUCAGUACUAAAGUUGCUAGACAUCACGAUGCUGAAACUUAUUGUCCUGUUCAUUUUUUCAGCGGUCGCAGCUGAUCCGCUCAGAAAUAAUUUACUCUUGAAACAAAACGCAAGAAUAAUCGGCGGUCAAGAUGCAGCAAUUGAAGAUUUUCCAUACCAAGUUAACUUCUUACGCAAUGGAUUUAAUAGAUGUGGGGGUGCGAUUAUCGCAAAGAACUGGGUCCUAACAACUGCAAGCUGUCCCGUUGAAUAUGGAAUGAUAGUUCAUGCGGGAAGUAAUUUCACCAACGCAGGCGGAUCUUAUCAUACAGUUGCCCGAGUUAUUAAACACGAAGCUUUUGAAGUCAAUGUCAAUCAAAUUCCAUCGAAUAAUAUUGCUCUAGUCGAAGUCUAUCAACCAUUUGUGUUCGAUAAAACUCGACAACCUAUACCACUUUUUAACGUCAAUGAAGAAAUUGAAGCCGGUACAAUAGCAACCGUAGCCGGAUGGGGCCAAAUUUAUAGCGUUCUACCUGGACUGUAUUCAUAUAAUUUGAAAAGUGUUUCCGUACCAAUUGUUCCCAACGAUAAAUGCAGUGAGCUUUAUAAUGAAUUCGGUGGAAUUCCACAAGGUCAACUAUGCGCGGGCUAUUUAGAAGGUGGGAAAAAUGUUUGUGUGGGUGAUGGUGGCAGUCCUUUGGUUGUCAACGGACGAGUUGCUGGUUUGGUUUCCUGGGGAAAAGGUUGUGCGCAGCCAAAUUACCCUGGGACUUAUACUAGUAUUGCUGCUUAUCGCUCUUGGGUUGACGAAAAACUACAAGCGAAUUCUGAAAACUGACUAAAUUUUGAUACCUGAUUUAUUUUAUAAAAUAAAUCUAACCGGCAAAAAAAAAUCUACAUGUAUAACGUUGAUGAUUGUAAUGACCACAAGGUGAAACAAUAAAUACUAUGAUAACUUUUAAAAAAAA